UACUCCCUCUGUCUCCCGCUUUUCCGUUUUUAUUUGGGAACUAAAGAGUUAACUGCACCCUCCCACCUGGUCAGCUCGCUCUGCUCGUCUGCGCGGUCUGCGAGCUGGCGGAGAAAGGGGAGGUACUCCCCGAGGGACCGGGUCCCCGGGUCUCCGGCUCGCCUCUACCUGACCGCCCGGAAGCCCUCCCAGACCCCUGCGGCCACACACACCUUUUCUGGUCAAGGUGCAAACAAGCCUGCGCCUUCCUCUUGCACAGCAGCCAGGUAGCGGAGGAGGGCCCAGGCGGGGGGCCAGCGGCAGGGGGCGGCUGCUUCGCGCCUCCCUCCCCGGCCCCGCUCCCCCCGCGGCCUAGGAUCCCCGCCCGCGCGUGCUGCCCGGGGAGGGACCUCGCGCGCGCGGCGCGGCGGGAAGCGGGUCGGUAGGAGCUGCGCGCCCGCCAGGGUGGGAGCCCGCGGUGGCCGGAGCCGGGAGGAAGGGGUUAACGAGCCGGGAUUGACUCCCCCUGCUCCCCAGUCAUCGAAUCUGGGAGGGGAGGAUUCGCUGCCUGGCUUGCGGCCCCCCCCCCGCCCCCCCGCCCGCCUCCGGAACGGCCGGAGACUUGGGCCAGCCGGACGCCCCUUCUGGCACAGUCCUGGGGCGAGCGCGGGCGCACGCUCCCCUUCCUCGCCGGCGCUCCGGUCCGCCUCGCCCUCCCGGGACCUUGCUUGCUCGCUCGCUCGCUCUUUACCGACUCCCUCCGGGUGCCGCUCGCUCUCACCUGCCCUGAAGCGCCCUCCGCUCCCGGACGCGCCCAAUUCGGGGAGCCCGCUGGACAGCGGCGUGCCCUCGGGGCUCCGGCGACGGCCCACCGCCCCUGUCCCCCGCGGCCCGCGGGCGCCGCGGAUGUCCGCGAGCCGCCGCCGAGCCCGAGGACGCCGGCGAGCCGCCCGAACGUCGAGCGGGCCAUGGAGACGGCGCCGCCCCGUCGCGGCGCCUGCUGAGGCCAUGCCCGGCUCCGGGCGCGUCCACGCGCGCCUGCGGGCGCUGCUGCUGCUGCCGCCACUGCUCCUGCUCCGGGGCGGCCAAGCGGGCGACCUGACCGUGGCCGCGGUGCUCCCGCUGACCAACGCCUCGUACCCCUGGUCCUGGGCGCGCGUGGGGCCGGCCGUGGAGCUGGCCCUCGCGCGGGUGAGGGCGCGGCCGGACCUGCUGCCGGGCUGGACGGUCCGCGUGGUGCUGGGCAGCAGCGAGAACGCGGCGGGCGUCUGCUCCGACACGGCCGCGCCGCUGGCCGCGGUGGACCUCAAGUGGGAGCACAGCCCCGCGGUGUUCCUGGGCCCCGGCUGCGUCUACUCGGCCGCUCCGGUGGGGCGCUUCACGGCGCACUGGCGGGUGCCGCUGCUGACCGCCGGCGCCGCGGCGCUGGGCAUCGGGGUCAAGGAGGAGUUCGCGCUGACCACGCGCGCGGGGCCCAGCCACAUCAAGCUGGGCGACUUCGUCACGGCGCUGCACCGACGGCUGGGCUGGGAGCACCAGGCGCUGGUGCUCUACGCCGAUCCGGAUCCGCUGAGCGGCGAUCGGCCUUGCUUCUUCGGCGUGGAGGGGCUCUACGUGCGGUUGCGUGAGCGCCUCAACCUCACCGUCAACGACCAGGAGUUCGUCGAGGGCGACCAGGACCAAUACGUCAGGCUGCUGCAGGCCAUGCGGCUCAAGGGCAGAGUUAUCUACAUCUGCAGCUCUCCAGAUGCCUUCAGGACUCUGAUGCUUCUGGCCCUGGACGCCGGCCUGACUGGGGAGGACUAUGUUUUCUUCCACCUGGAUGUGUUUGGGCGAAGUCUUCAGGACACUCAGGGCAGUAUUCCUCAGAAGCCCUGGGAAAGAGGAGAUAAGCAGGACAGCAGGGCACAGCAGGCCUUCCGGGCUGCCAAAAUCAUUACUUACAAAGAGCCGGAUAACCCUGAGUACUUGGAAUUCCUGAAGCAGCUAAAACUCUUGGCUGGCAAGCAGUUUAACUUCACCGUGGAGGAUGGCCUGGAAAAUAUCAUCCCAGCGUCCUUCCAUGACGGGCUCCUGCUCUAUGUCCAGGCGGUGAAUGAGACUCUAGCCCAGGGGGGGACUGUCACUGAUGGAGAGAACAUCACUCAGCGGAUGUGGAACCGAAGCUUCCAAGGUGUGACAGGACACCUGAAAAUUGAUAGCAAUGGAGAUCGGGAGACUGAUUUCUCCCUCUGGGAUAUGGAUCCAGAGACAGGUGCCUUCAGGGUUGUCCUGAAUUAUAACGGGACUUCCCAGGAGCUGGUGGCUGUGUCAGAACGUGAAUUAUACUGGCCCCUGGGAUACCCACCUCCUGACAUUCCUAAAUGUGGCUUUGACAAUGAGGACCCAGCCUGCAAACAAGAUCACUUUUCCACACUGGAGGUUCUGGCUUUGGUGGGCAGCCUCUCUCUGAUUAGCGUUCUGAUUGUGUCCUUCUUCAUAUACCGAAAGAUGCAGCUGGAGAAGGAGCUGGUGUCGGAGCUGUGGCGGGUGCGCUGGGAGGACGUGGAGCCCAGCAGCCUGGAGAGGCACCUUCGGAACGCUGGCAGCCGCCUGACCCUGAGCGGGCGAGGCUCCCACUAUGGCUCCCUGCUAAUCACAGAGGGCCAGUUCCAGGUCUUUGCCAAGACGGCAUACUAUAAGGGCAACCUCGUGGCUGUGAAACACGUGAACCGGAAACGUAUUGAGUUGACACGGAAAGUCCUGUUUGAACUUAAACAUAUGCGGGAUGUACAGAAUGAACACCUGACCAGAUUUGUGGGUGCCUGUACCGACCCUCCCAAUAUCUGCAUCCUCACAGAGUACUGUCCCCGCGGCAGCCUGCAGCAGGACAUUCUAGAGAAUGAGAGUAUUACCCUGGACUGGAUGUUUCGGUACUCACUCACCAAUGACAUUGUCAAGGGAAUGCUCUUUCUACACAACGGGGCCAUUUGUUCCCAUGGGAACCUCAAGUCAUCCAACUGUGUGGUGGAUGGGCGCUUUGUGUUGAAGAUCACUGACUACGGGCUCGAGAGCUUCAGAGACCCAGAGCCACAGCAAGGACACAUCCUCUUCUCCAAAAAAUUGUGGACUGCACCAGAGCUCCUGCGAAUGGCUUCCCCACCUGCCCGUGGCUCCCAAGCUGGUGAUGUAUACAGCUUUGGCAUCAUCCUUCAGGAGAUUGCCCUCAGGAGUGGGGUCUUCUAUGUGGAAGGCUUAGACCUCAGCCCAAAAGAGGUCAUCGAGCGCGUGACUCGGGGUGAGCAGCCCCCGUUCCGCCCCUCCGUGGGUCUGCAGAGCCACCUGGAGGACCUGGGGCAGCUGAUGCAGAGGUGCUGGGCAGAGGACCCCCAGGAGCGGCCACCCUUCCAGCAGAUCCGCCUGGCGCUACGCAAGUUUAACAAGGAGAACAGCAGCAACAUCCUGGACAACCUGCUGUCACGCAUGGAGCAGUACGCCAACAACCUGGAGGAGCUGGUGGAGGAGAGGACGCAGGCUUACCUGGAGGAGAAGCGCAAAGCUGAGGCCUUGCUCUACCAGAUCCUGCCUCACUCUGUGGCCGAGCAGCUGAAGAGAGGCGAGACGGUCCAGGCUGAGGCCUUCGACAGUGUCACCAUCUACUUCAGUGACAUCGUAGGCUUCACCGCUCUCUCAGCAGAGAGCACCCCCAUGCAGGUGGUGACCCUGCUCAAUGAUCUGUACACCUGUUUUGAUGCUGUCAUAGACAACUUUGAUGUGUACAAGGUGGAGACCAUUGGCGAUGCCUACAUGGUGGUGUCUGGGCUCCCGGUACGAAACGGACAGCUCCACGCCCGAGAGGUGGCCCGAAUGGCGCUUGCGCUGCUGGAUGCCGUGCGCUCCUUCCGCAUCCGCCAUAGGCCCCAGGAGCAGCUGCGCUUGCGCAUCGGCAUUCACACAGGUCCCGUGUGUGCUGGUGUUGUAGGGCUAAAGAUGCCCCGCUACUGCCUCUUUGGAGACACAGUCAACACAGCUUCGAGAAUGGAGUCUAAUGGGGAAGCCCUCAAGAUCCACUUGUCUUCUGAGACCAAGGCUGUGUUGGAAGAGUUCGAAGGUUUUGACCUGGAGCUUCGAGGGGAUGUGGAAAUGAAGGGCAAAGGCAAGGUUCGGACCUAUUGGCUCCUGGGGGAGCAGGGAUGUAGCACGCGAGGCUGACCCACGGCCCCUGCUGUCCCGUGUUAACUCCCUUCCCUGUGCCAGAGGUGACAGAGGCGUCCAGCUUCCUCCCCUCCCACAGCCCAACCACUGUGGAAAGAGUAGGGACCCGACCAGCACAGUCACCAGAUGUGACCUCCGAGAGAGGAUGGGGAUGGUGGGGGCUGAGCGGAACCACCGAAGUUCACAGGGUUGACGCUCCGGUGUCACUCCUGUCGCACGUGUCCUCCGCCCCACCCUUACUCAGCCGCCUAGAUUGGGAAGGUGAUUUCUUCUUCUCCCUCAACUCUGCUCCACUGUGACUUCUAUAGGAAGGGAAAUUGCCACUUGAAGAAACUAGAGAUUGCAGGAGCUUACAGGAGGUGGGAAGUCAAGUGUCACAAAUACUCCCCUCACUCCCACUCCCCUUUCUGCCCCCCCCCAGGCCUUGGACACAAGUGCACUGGGGAGAAGAGAGCUGUGGGUCCCCAUGCCUUCUCCUGUGAGCAAAACCCAUUAAAAUCUUUAUGCCUGACACAGUCUCUUCUUGGGGGAGAGAGAGUUGCUGGGAAACAGUAUUGUUCUUUCUCUACCCUUUGCUUCCAAAAGAGUUAACCUUCAACUCUGUUUCUUUGGUUGUUGUUAUUAAUUUUUUUUAUUUUGUUUUCUGAGACAGGGUUUCUCUGUGUAGCCCUGGCUGUCCUGGAACUCACUCUGUAGACCAGGCUGGUCCCAAACUCAAAGAGAUCUGCCGACCUAGUAUUGGAAUCAAAGACAUGCACCACCACCACCACCCCCAGCUAAUUUUAUGCUUUUACUUGAAGAGACCCGAGAAUUUCCAACAGGGUUAAAUUUUAAGAGUCUCAACAAACCUGUCUAUGUGGGUUGUGUCUGUUGAUCCUGGCCUUGUUAAAAAUUAAGGCGAACAGAAGCAAGCUGCCUACUUACUGAGGCUGACACAGAAGCAUCAAGGUUCAAGGCCAGCCUGGGCUACAGAAUUAGUUCAGGUCCAGCCUGGACCACCAAAUGAGCUCUUAUCUCAUGUUGGCCCUACACGUUGGCUCACACCUGUAAACUCAAUAUUUUAGAGGCUGAGUCAGGAGGAUUGCUGUCUGAGGCCACACAGAGCUGCCUUCCAAGCCAGACUGACACUUUUUCUCAAAAGAGUUAAAUAAAGAGUUGGGGGUGUGGU